CCCGUUUCUUGCGACGAUCGUCUUUCACAUUCUCUUUCUAUCACUAGACUCUCUCUCUCUCUCUCUCCUCAUUUCUCUCUCUAGAACUCCAAGAUGGGUUUGACCUUUUUCUAUUAUACUUCCUUCUUCUCUUCUUCCCCUCUUAUACGCUUCGCCAACUACCAUUUUUGCUCAAGAAAUUUGCCCAUUUGGCUGCAGACUUGGCCUAUUUCUUGUUCUUGUUCGUACAUUCACUGUUGUUUCCUCUGUGAUUCUCUGUUGAUCGAGAGAGCACGUUUUGUGUUAGUGCGAGCUUUUACUCUACUUUUGACUUCCGUUACUGCAUUUCUGUUGGAUUUUGGAUUUGGGUUUCGUGUGUUCUAUAGCGUUUGAUUGAGUUUCUGGUGGAGUUUUGAACUUGGGAUUUCGAGUUGUUUUUCUGAGUUUUGUUGUUGUGGUUUGAUUGGAGUUUUUGCAAUCUGUGGAUUUCGUGAAUGCGUUGAUGCUUGAGAUUCUAUCGGAGAUUUGAAUUUGGGAUUCUCGUUUUCUGUAUUGGUUUAGUGUUUUCGUAGCUCGUUUGGGAAUUCAUGAAUGCGUUGGUGAUUGAAUUUGUGGUGUUAAUUCGGAGUCCUCUGAUUGCUAAAUCAUGGCGACAGAGCGACCGCUAUUGAUUAUAUCUCCAAGAACGCCAAACACUAUCUCUCACGAUUUGCAGAAACCAGAGCCGAACCGACUUGGAUUGUUCUUCGCCAUGGAUACUCCAAAUCCUAAUGAGAACUCGGCGAGUACCGAACUGGAUCAUCGCUCAUUCUCGCGGCGAAGUCAAUCGAAGUCCUCAAUUCGUGAAGUCGGUUCCAGUGAUUUUGGAUCGAGGCCUGUUCGUCAUGGGUCUCGAGGUGCCGAUUCUGAAGCAUUGAGCAUAUCACAGAAGGAAAUCAGUGACGAAGAUGCGAGGUUAAUAUACAUCGAUGAUCCCGAAAAGACGAACCAAACGUUUGAAUUCGCUAGAAAUUCGAUUCGCACCGGCAAGUAUUCUAUUCUCACUUUUCUGCCCAGGAAUCUGUUUGAACAAUUUCAUAGAAUUGCUUAUAUCUAUUUCCUUGUUAUUGCUGUUCUUAAUCAACUUCCCCAGCUUGCCGUUUUUGGUCGCACUGUCUCCAUUUUGCCUUUAGCUUUUGUUCUGCUAGUUACUGCUGUUAAAGAUGCAUAUGAGGAUUGGAGAAGGCAUCGUUCUGAUAAAAUUGAGAACAAUAGGUUAGCUUCAGUUUUAGUAGAUGGUCAGUUUCAAAUGAAGAAAUGGAAGCAUAUAAGAGUUGGUGAGAUCAUUAAGAUUAGUGCAAAUGAUACCAUUCCUUGUGACAUGGUGCUUCUUUCUACCAGUGAUUCUACAGGGGUUGCAUAUUUGCAGACACUGAAUUUGGAUGGGGAAUCGAAUUUGAAAACGCGGUAUGCGAAACAGGAGACGAUGUCGAAAAUGCCCGACAAGGAGAAGAUUAUUGGGUUGAUUAAAUGUGAGAAACCCAAUAGGAAUAUCUAUGGAUUUCAGGCUAAUAUGGAGAUCGAUGGGAAACGUCUUUCUCUUGGACCUCCAAACAUAGUUCUUCGUGGCUGUGAGCUCAAGAAUACGAGCUGGGCUGUUGGCGUUUCGGUUUAUGCUGGCCGUGAGACGAAAGCCAUGCUUAACAGUUCUGGAGCUCCAUCGAAACGAAGCCGACUCGAGACUCGUAUGAAUGUAGAGAUUGUUAUGCUGUCUUUAUUUCUCAUUGCUUUGUGUACUGUUGUUUGUGUUUUGGCUGCAGUUUGGUUCAUCAGAAACAGGGAAGAUUUGGACAUUUUGCCUUUUUUCAGAGAUAAGGACUUCUCAAAGGACCCACCUGAAACUUAUAAUUACUAUGGAUGGGGAUUGGAGGCGUUUUUUGUAUUCCUCAUGUCAGUCAUUGUGUUUCAGAUUAUGAUCCCCAUUUCAUUAUACAUUUCAAUGGAGCUUGUUCGUGUCGGUCAGGCUUAUUUUAUGAUUCAAGACACGCAAAUGUAUGAUGAAACAUCGAAUUCGAGAUUUCAAUGCCGGGCUUUGAACAUAAAUGAGGAUUUAGGACAAAUAAAGUAUGUGUUUUCGGACAAAACGGGUACCCUUACUGAGAAUAAGAUGGAGUUUCGAUGUGCAAGCAUCUGGGGAGUCGAUUAUGGAGGUGAAAGUACUGAUACGCUCGACGAGCAGAUCGGAUACUCCGUUCGAGUGAAUGGAAAGGUUUUGAGACCAAAAUUGAUGGUGAAAACUGAUCCUGAGCUUCUACAGUUAUCGAAAAGUGGAAAGCACACUAAGAAUGGAAGAUAUAUUCAUGAUUUCUUCCUUGCAUUAGCUGCUUGCAAUACCAUUGUUCCUCUCAUUACCAAAACUUGUGAUCCUUCAGUGCAAUUGAUUGACUACCAAGGGGAGUCUCCAGAUGAACAGGCAUUGGUUUAUGCUGCAGCAGCAUAUGGUUUUAUGCUAAUCGAACGAACUUCUGGCCAUAUAGUUAUUGAUAUACAUGGUGAAAAACAAAGGUAUAAUGUUUUGGGAAUACACGAGUUCGAUAGCGACAGGAAGCGGAUGUCGGUGAUAUUGGGGUGUCCAGAUAUGACCUUUAAAGUAUUUGUAAAAGGUGCUGAUAAUUCCAUGUUCAAGGUGGCAUGUGAAAACCUGAACAUGGAUAUCAUUCAGGUGACUAAAGCUCAUCUGUAUUCAUACUCAUCAAAGGGUCUCAGAACACUGGUUAUUGGGAUGAAAGAACUCAGUUCCUUUGACUUUGAUAAAUGGCACUCGCUGUUUGAGGAAGCAAGUACCGCUUUGAUUGGCAGGGCUGCUAAGCUUCGCAAGGUUGCCAGCAACAUAGAAAACAAUCUCUUGAUAUUAGGAGCCUCAGGCAUUGAAGAUAAGUUACAAAAAGGUGUGCCAGAAGCCAUAGAAGCUUUAAGAACUGCAGGAAUUAAAGUAUGGGUUUUGACUGGAGACAAGCAAGAAACUGCCAUAUCAAUAGGUUACUCCUCAAAGCUCUUGACAAACAAGAUGACCCAAGUUAUAAUUAACGACAACUCGGUAGAAUCGUGCAAAAGGAGGUUAGAAGAUGCAAUAAUCAUGUCGAAGAAGCUUGCUGCUACCUCAGGCGUUGCACUGGAUAAUGAAAGAAGUACUGAAGUUGUAAGGACUUCUGUUGCUUUGAUCAUUGAUGGCAGCAGACUCGUUCAUAUUCUCGACGGUAAACUCGAAGAACAGCUUUUCCAACUCGCUUGCAACUGUUCGGUUGUGUUAUGUUGUCGAGUCGCCCCAUUGCAAAAGGCUGGAAUUGUUGCUCUCGUCAAGAGAAGGACUUCUGAUAUGACACUUGCCAUUGGUGAUGGCGCAAAUGACGUCUCCAUGAUCCAAAAGGCAGAUGUGGGCGUCGGCAUCAGUGGUCUAGAGGGUCGACAAGCUGUCAUGGCGUCGGAUUUUGCCAUGGGGCAAUUUCGAUUCUUGGUUCCUCUUCUAUUGGUCCAUGGACAUUGGAAUUACCAGCGGAUGGGCUACAUGAUCUUGUACAACUUCUACAGAAAUGCAGUAUUUGUGCUUGUUCUGUUUUGGUACGUGCUCUUUACGGGUUACUCGUUGACGACGGCGAUCAACCAAUGGAGCAGUGUGCUGUACUCUAUAAUCUAUACUUGUUUGCCCACUAUUGUUGUUGGUAUUCUUGACAAGGACCUGGGAAGAAGGACUCUUCUUAGGUCCCCUCAACUAUAUGGGGCUGGCCAUAGACAGGAGAGCUACAACUCUGGGUUGUUUUGGUUAACAAUGGUUGACACUGUGUGGCAAAGCAUUGCUAUUUUCUUCAUCCCCCUCUUUGCAUUUUGGGCUACCCCCGUCGACAUCUCGGGCCUUGGAGAUCUCUGGCUACUCGCCACGGUCAUUGUCGUCAACUUGCACUUGGCAAUGGACGUGGUUCGAUGGUAUACUCUCACCCAUGCUGUGAUCUGGGGAUCCACACUCGCAACUGUCAUUUGUGUCAUUGUUCUUGAUUCGAUAUUGUCACUUCCCGGUUUCUGGGCGAUAUAUCACGUGGCGGGCACGGCCUCGUUUUGGCUAUGUUUGUUAUCUAUCGUCGUAGUAGCACUACUUCCCCGUCUUGUCGUAAAAUACCUUUAUCAAUGUUACUGGCCAUGUGACAUCCAGAUAGCAAGAGAGGAGGAUAAAUUUGGAAGGACAAGCGAGGUGGGAGCUGUACAAACAGAGAUGGUGCCAGUUCUCAGCAAUCCUUCACAACUUUGACACUUUAAAGUUUUGUAAUUCUCUUCAUGUAAAGAAAAAUCCCACAAUUCUUUAGGCUGCUUCACAAUAAUUCUCCAGUUGCCAUCCAAAGGA